CGGGGGGGGGGACGGCGGCGGGGGAGAAGGGACACCCGGGCUUGCUGGAGAGAAAUCCGAAGGACCGAGGCGAAGAAGUGGGUGGGAGGCAAGCCCAGCUGGCGGGUGUGUGUGACAGGAGGGAGCCGGCAUUUGGGGAGGCCAAAGGGAAGAAACUGUGCACCAUUACGCAAAAUGCAGUGUUCCCAUCACUGUGAGCAUCUCCUGGAAAAUCUGAACAGGCAGCGUGAAGCGGGCUUCCUUUGUGACUGCACCAUCAUUAUUGGUGAAUUCCAGUUCAAAGCUCAUCGAAAUGUUCUUGCAUCUUUUAGCGAGUACUUUUGGGCUAUUUACAGGGAUACUUCAGAGAGUAAUAUAUUUCUGGAUCAGAAUCAAGUGAAGGUUGACGGAUUUCAGAAACUUUUGGAAUUCAUAUACACAGGAGAUUUAUACCUUGAUAGUUGGAAUGUUAAAGAAAUUCACCAGGCUGCCGACUAUCUUAAAGUGGAGGAAGUAGUCACUAAAUGUAAAAUUAAAAUGGAAGAUUUUGCUUUUAUUGCUAAUCCUUCUUCUACAGAAACGUCUAGUAUCACUGGGAAUAUUGCAUUGAACCAACAGAGUUGCCUGCUAACACUCCUUGACUACAAUAACCAGGAGAAAUCAGAUGCCCCUUCCGUGGAUAUAGCUCAAUCUCCAGUCUUAACAGCAGCCUUGGAAAAAAAAUCUGUUCAAUCCAAAAAACGAAAAAAGGCCUUCAGUUCCCCCAAACACCCACCAAGCAAGCCAGUACAAUAUCCAGGUGAUGUUGCAGAAAACUCUGCCAUGGAGAUGUUUUUAGACGCAAAUAAAUUGGCCACCGAGAUAACAGAACAAGCUGCCCAAGGGGGCGAUAAUUCUGAACUGCAACUUACCCCUGUGGUGGAGAGUGAAACUUUUGCUGCUCAAGAAAUCCUUGUGCAGACUAUGGCCGUGAAGCCAAAACAAGGCAAACCACAUCAAAAUUGUGCUUUGAAAGAGCACUGCUUAUCAAACAUUACCAAGAACUCCUAUCAGUUGGAAAGCUCGGGAGAAGACCUGGAUCAGAAAUACCCCAAGGCCAAGCCAGUGUGUAAUACAUGUGGGAAGGUAUUUUCUGAAUCUAGUAGCCUGAGACGGCAUAUGCGGAUUCACAAGGGAGUCAAACCAUAUGUGUGCCAGCUGUGCGGCAAGGCGUUUACCCAGUGCAACCAGCUGAAAACGCAUGUAAGAACUCACACAGGUGAAAAGCCAUACAAAUGUGAUCUCUGUGACAAAGGUUUUGUUCAGAAAUGCCAGCUUGUUUUCCAUAGCCGAAUGCAUCACGGAGAGGAGAAACCCUACAAGUGUGACGCCUGCAAUCUGCAAUUUGCAACUUCGAGUAAUCUAAAAAUUCACGCCAGGAAACACAGUGGAGAGAAGCCAUAUGUCUGUGAUCGGUGUGGGCAGCGAUUUGCACAAGCAAGCACGUUGACCUACCAUGUGCGACGACACACGGGAGAAAAGCCUUAUGUCUGUGACACCUGUGGGAAAACGUUUGCCGUUUCAAGUUCACUCAUCACGCACUCAAGAAAGCAUACAGGAGAGAAACCUUAUAUAUGUGGCAUUUGUGGCAAAAGCUUCAUUUCUUCAGGAGAACUUAACAAACACUUCCGGUCUCACACAGGGGAAAGACCAUUUAUCUGUGAGCUGUGUGGAAACUCCUAUACAGAUAUCAAGAACCUAAAGAAGCACAAAUUGAAAGUUCAUUCGGAUUCCGAGAACCCAUUGGAUUCCAUCGCACUUGACCCUUCUUCCUUCAGCGAGCAAGAUUCAGUUCCAAGUGAGAAAGGCCUUUUGCUGGAAUCUGUUGAUGUGAAGCCUUCAGAUAUAUUGCCUCUGCCCAUUGGCACAGAGGACCAUCAGGUAUUGCUGCCUGUCACGGAUGGUCAGUCUUCCCCAUCCGACACACUUCUGAGAUCUUCCAUCACGGGAUAUUCAGAACCUCAGUUUAUUUUCCUCCAGCAAUUGUACUGACAACUGUUGAGUGACGAAAACUCUAGAAAUCCAAGCGUCUCUGAUCGAAAGGAGCUGCGGGUGAGCUAGAUUUCAUCUCAGUUUCCACUGUGGACUUUGGGUGAUGCAUCUUUGCUUUGAAUUCAGCUUUUUCUCUAAUAUUUUAUUACUCUAGAACAAAGAUUGUGUAUUUUCACCUGAAAGAAUCAAGAGUGCAUUUUCUAGGAGAUAAAAAAAAAUUUUUUUUUCUUCUUCAACAUUUGCCUUAAGAACCCUAAACCAUUUAACAUGGGGAAGACCCUUCAGUGUUCAUGCAGAAACUAAGUCAAGGUAUUCAAGCUAAAAACACUGAACUGAAAUUAGAGUCUUUUUUUAACUAUAAAUGACUUAGCUUUUAAAAUAAACACACCCAACAAUAAUUGAAAGCAACUCUGAAAACAGCCAAGAUAGAUGCAGCAGCUGCCCAGUAUGUUCCACAGUGUGUUACAGAUACAACUGGAUGCCAUUGGACAAAAGAUGGGGGGGGGAAGUUGUGCCAUUUCCAAGAUGACAACUUUUCUGUCAUGGAAAAUUAGGAUCUUGGGACAGAGGAGGCUAUCUGAAGAAGAUGCCGUGUGUCGAGAAGCAGAGAUAAAUCUGAAUGAGAGAUUUAAGUCAGUGGAUAUACGAAGCUGCAGUGAUAUUUGCUAUGUAGGCCACAAGAUGAAUUUCUUGUCUAAACAGAAAUUUGCAAAGUUGUCUAUAUCAGUGAAAUAGCCUGAUAAGUUAUUAUCAGUGAUUGUGCUAUAUAAGUGAUGGCGAAUCUUUUCAGUACCGAGUGCUGAAAAGGUUGCACAGAAACUUCAUGUGUGCAUUUGAUGGGUCUACGCUCCAAAAAAGCCAAACUUCUGGGUUCCCGUGCGCAUGUGCACACGAUGAUCAGCUGGCUGGUGCAUAUGUGCACACCAGUAUUUAGCACUGCCAUGAGUAUGAAGGACAGCUGAUUGUCACGCUCGCAUGCGGUGCCAGAAACCCAGAAGACAAACAGGCAAGUUUGCGCAUGCCAGGCGACAUGGCUUCGCGUGCCCUAGGUUCGCCAUCAUGGUGCUGUAUGUUGGCUCCAUUGAUAAUUAAUAAUAUAAUUAUGAUGUCCUUGAAGCUAGAUUUCAGGUCUUGGGGAUAAAAUUCAAAGCUAGAAUCACCCAAAGUAAUUUUUUUUCUGACUUGCUAUCUAUUUUAUAAGAUUUGGCUAGUCCAAUGACUUGGUCCCAGGACUUUUGUUUCCAGUUUCAGAUAUCCCUGGCUUGAAAAAACAUUGGAACGGCUUGGUUACAGAUUUAAGAAAAGCUCUUCGGGUUUAUCAGUCAUCUCACAAAAAUUAGUAGCUUUCUGAGAAGAUUGUUAGUUUGAUCCAGUGGUGGGAUUCAACAUUUUUUACUACUGGUUCUGUGGUCAUGGCUUGGUGGGCAGGGCUAGGUGGGUGUGGCAGGGGAAGGAUACUGUAAAAUCUCUAUUCCCUCCUGAUCAGCUGGGACUCGGGAGGUAGAGAGAAUAGAUGGGGGCAGGAUCGUGGUGGGAUUCAAGUAAUUUAACAACCAGUUCUCUGCCCUAGUGAUUUCUUCCAACAACCAGUUUGCCAAACUGCUCAGAAAGUGAACAACAGGUUCUCCCGAAGUGGUGUGAACUGGCUGAAUCCCACCACUGGGUGGGGCCAGUCAGAGGUGGUAUUUACCGGUUCUCCGAACUACUCAAAAUUUCCAUUACUGGUUCUCCAGAACUGGUUGGAACCUGCUGAAACCCACCUCUGGUUUGAUCUGUCAUGUUAGUUGUAGAAAAAGAAUUUUAUUUCCUCCACGACUAUCAAAAAAAUGAAGGGCUGAAGAAGAAAUACUGGCAUUCCAUCUUUUCUCUGGCAAACUACCUGAUCACUUCUGUACUCACGUAGUUUUAAAUUCUGAGUGAUUUGUGCAUACCAGAUCAGUUUCUAAAUACAUAGCUGACUUCUGAUCUAUCCUUUCUGAUGGAUUAUAACAUCUUUGUGCAAUAGAAGCUGACCUAAAACCUAUACAAUAUCCACACUGACCAUUUCUACGCUGCUAAAGGCUUGUUGGGUUCUUUUUUUCCUUGAAAAGCAAUUCCCUUCCGGUUGAAAUUCUUAGCAAAAAUUCAAGACAAGCUCUAGAAGUGGUUCCUUCCCAUUUCCACAGAAGAGUAAAAGAAAAAAUGACAAAUCUUUUUUUUUUUAAGCCCUUGAUGUCCUUGAUGGCAGUUAUGUUUUUCAUUUAGUAAUUCCAAGUGUUUCUGUGAGGAGGUGCCAAGUGGCUUACUAUUUUUUUCAGUCGCUCCUUGCCAAAAAAUAUUUGUUUUAAGGAACUGUUGUUUUGUAAAGGAAUUCACCUGCUAGUUUCAGCCAAAGAUUCAAUUUAUCUAGAAUUCUGUUUUCAUAUUUUGACUAGGAGGUGCCCUUAAGGAAUUGCUGAUAAAAACAUGUUUUAAAAACAUGUCUCUUUGUGCUGUUAAGUUAAACAGCGUGUGAACUUAAACAUAUGUGAAGCUAUGCUCAAACUCCUAAGAAACAAAACAAAAAAAACCUAGCUGUACUAUUUCACUUCCUUUUUUUAUUCUUCUUUAUAGACCUUAGGAAAUACAAGCCAGGAAUAUUGAAAGAGAUUGAGAAAUAUUUGAAUAGGAUUCCAUUCUUUUACAAAUUUAUCCAAUGCAACAAAAGCAAAUUCAUUGUGUCAUAAGAAAAAGUACAAUUAUUAAAUGUAUAGCAGUUUUAGCACUAAUGCAACCUGUACCGUCUCUCUGACAACUAUACCAAAUUCAAAUUCUGAUUCAGGUAAGAUUUGUAGUACCCACUCAGAUAGGCUUACAUAGGUGUAUGUAUGGUAUUUAUGUGCAAAACUAAAUAUAAUCCAGUAACUAGGAAACCAGAUUCGGACAGAAUGAACUGUGUUCCUUACAUUGCAUAAUCUAAAAGGAAGUAAUGUAUUGUGCAUUUUGCCCUCCAGUUCCUGCAGGAAAGAAAUCUUUAAAAGGUGUGCUGUGUGGAGCUGUGUCCCAAGUAUUGAAUCUGGAAGUUUGUAGAACUGUAUGUGAUGGACGAACAUUGCCAUUGGGUGUGAUUGUGCAGACAUUUUGGCAUGACCAAGAAAAAGAGAAGAGUUUAAAAGGCAUCUCCAUGCAUUUUUCAGGACCAGGAGAGCUAGAGAUUCAGUCAUUCUGAUUUUAGGAACUAUGGUCCUAGCCUGAUGUGUUGCUUGGUAAAUCCAGCCUGAAUAAUAAUCUCUUUCUGAAUCGUCAAAAACUACGGUAAAAAGAGAAGGAAUUUGCCCUUAUUAACAGCAGCCAAAUUGCUGUCCUAACAGCAAUUUGGUACCUAUUUCUUUCCCCCACUACUCAAGAACAUAAUUAGCAUUGUUAGCCUACAUUUAGGAGUUAUAGUUUAGGGAAGAGGGAAAGGAGCGUUAUCUCAGUGAAGCUUGGCAACCACUUUUUACUUUUGUGAAGAUGAAGAGAAUCUGGUUGUUUUCUUCUGAUAGAUAUUUUCCUGAUACAUUCAAAUCAGACUUUUGUGGUAUAAUCUUGCUUAGUGCUGGUGAUACUAAGCUUCUGUUAGCACAAAAAAAAAAUCUAAAACUUGUACGAAGAUAGGUUUUGGAUAUAUUUCUUUAUAAUAUCAUUAUAAACUACCUUCUGGAGAAAACAGUUGAAUAUAGGUAUUUCAGAUG